UUAUCUCUUAUCUUGCUUUAGGUUGAUUUCAUAUGGAUAAACAGAGACCAGAAAAGCUUUGAAUGGUUCUUAACGCUGCUUAAUCAGAUUGAGUUGGAGCAAAGCAGUCAUCAUGGUAUCUUAGAAAAUAGUAUUCAGAUGCAUAUGUACAUGACAGCCGCGCAGAAAAAGACCGACAUGAAAGGCAUUGGACUACAAAUUGCACUAGACCUGAUGUACGAAAAAGGUCAACGUGACUUGAUUACCGGUUUAAGAACCAAAACAGAACCGGGGAGACCUGAUUGGAAUAAGAUUUUCAAACAAAUCAAAGCAGAAGAUAAAGGGAAAGUUAAAGUUUUCUUUUGUGGGGCACCAGCUUUAGGCAAAUCUGUAAAGGAAAUGUCUGCAAAAUAUAGCUUUUCAUUUUCAAAGGAAAAUUUCUAGUAUUGGUAAAACAAUGUCCUAAAGUGAAUGGAACUGAAGAACGUAAAGACUGGAUAUGAGUUUAAGAACCCCAUUUUCGCAUUAUUUGUUGUUUUUGUUGCUCAUUUUAUAUUCUAGCUCAAAGCAAAUAAUUUUGUAUUUUAAUGUCUUUUAAACAAGUACCACUGACGGAACAGUGCUUCGAGACUGAGCUUAUUUAUAAAUAUGUAUUUUACAGCUGGCAAUUGUUUGCAUAAUAUUUUGUUUUUUUACGUUCUUGAAAAUGUAAGAAAUAACAAGUUUUUGAAUGGAUUUAAUUUUAGCUGUUUCUAGAUAAUAGCUUUAUUAUAAUUUAAACGUCACAUAUAGCAUUUUGUAUUUUGUUAAACAAAUUUUAUCAUACAUAUGUUACUUUACGUGGUUAAUGUAUUAAAGCAACAUGCUUUCA